CACUGAGCAUGCGCAGCAGUCCCAGCGGCACAAACAAAAGUGGUAAAUGGAACUGGGAGUCACAGCGCACCGAGGCUCCAGAGAGAGAGCGCCGGAUGGAAGCAGUGCUGAAAAACUUAUCGAGCACGGUCGAGCUGCUGGCGGUGGCGGCGCGGAGCGGUGACGUCCAUCACUGGGACGGACGCACUCUGUCCCGGGCAUUUCAUUGGGCCUGCUACUGCGAGCACCUUUUCUCCAGGUUUCACCAAAACCCCCAAAUAAGAGGGGUUAUGGAAACGCAAUUACAGCAUACGAAUAACAGUUUGCGGGCUGUCUUCAGUGACUACUCUGAUCUGUCCUUUUUGGACCUGUCUCAAUGCCAGCACUUGCUACUAAGAGAGCUCCUAAAAAACACUAAACUCCCUCUCUCCAUCAUUAAGAUACUCUUUGACACAAAAGCACCAGCAAACAUUCAACCAGGAGACUAUCCAGACAUCACAGGUCUUUGCAGUCACAUCAUUCAGAGAAAAUCUGCUUGCAAAAUCUUGAGUCCUCUCUCGGACCAGUCAGCUGUUGGUGCUGAUGCUCAGGUGCAGGCGACAAUGUUGAUGAAGAGCUUGGGCGCCUUCCUGGGUUGUGGUGGAGAAACUUGCUGGGCGCAGCGUUUUCUUGACUCUGUUCUCCAGGGAUGCAAAGAAGCAGAACAUUUGUGUCUGGUCCUUGCUGCUGCUUUGCUGACAGAAGGAAACGCACAUGCACAGACUGCCUCAGUGGAUUUUCUCCUGGACUGGAUCCAGCAAACACACGGCUUGCUGCAACACAUGUGCUUUACAUUGCCUUCUUCUCUUGUUAAAGACCUCGCUAAAGGACAUGUUAAAUUUAGAGACGCCUACUGUGCUGUUCUUAAAAAGGAGGCCAGCGAUAUGGAGUACUGCAUUGAUGAUGGCGAGUGGGUGCAAAGCAGCGCAAAUCCCAAAGUGUCUUUUCAGGAAGUGACUGACCGCUUUGUGACCUUGCUUGAGGCAUGCCCAGCCUGGAGGAGCACUGUAGAAGAAGAGCUGAAUGAAUUGAAAAUAUCUGAUGGAGACUUUGAUGUCAGAGGACUGAGUGUAUGGGGAGACCUAUUAGCAGAAAUACACAAACGACAGUCACAUGUAGAUGGAUAAUGUUCUUCACAUCUUAUACAUAUCCAUUCAUAAGUGGUAAAAAAUUAACAUCUUAAGGCCUUUCUAUGUCAGCCUUGAUAUUUCCCCUGCAAAAUCAUUAACAAUAUUCUGAGUUAGUUCCAAAGAAUGGAAAAAUAAACCGCCGUUUUAAAAAGUGUUUCGUCUGUCUGGAAAUAAGAGGAAUUAUUUAUUUGCUGUAUCACAUAUAGUGCCACGCCAUGAGGCACACCUGCACAAUCAAAUGAGAUCUAAUACAAGAGCUACUGUAUAUGCAAAAUUCUGCCUUUACAAAGACAAUGUAGUUUUGAUGGCCACUGUUGGAGUAUUCUUUUACCAAUGCGAUUCAUAUUGCGGUUGUAAUUUGCAGCGGUGUAAAACUGCACUGCAACAUACUGUUUCUAUCCUGCCCCUUUCUUGUGGCUGAUGAAGGUAACCAAACAUCACAAACACCUUUUUGUAUGAUGCUGCACGGUUCUACACACUGCUGAAAAUGACAGCAGAACCGAAAAUUCCUUUAAAAUAAUAAGAGGUCACAUGGCCCAAAAAGUGUCUUUUUCCAUUUUGAUAAAUGAAUGACUGUUUUUGUUUGUUUAUUGUCAUGGCACACUGGACAUCUUUAUUGUUGGACAAAUAAUGGGUUAUUCUACAGCAGGGGUCACCAACGUGGUGCCCGUGGGCACCAGGUACCCCCUCACAACCACAUGAGGUGCCCACAAGCCUGCUUUUCAGUUCAUAAUAUGAGAACACUAGAAGGAAAAGUAUUCUGAAACAUAAAAUGUGAGUUGUGGAUACCAGCAUGUUGUGAAUGUUUUGGUAAAACAAGCAUAUUUAUUUGAUCUGUUUGGGUUGAAAUAUGGUAUGAAAAUCAUUUCUACAAAAAUGAGUAGCUUGUGGCCAUUUUCAUUUUCUAAAAGUAGCUCUCGCAAGAAAAAAUGUUGGUGACCCCUGUUCUACAGCAUUAUGUUUUUUAAAGAGUUUCUAAUCAUUUUGACACACACAGUGCCAAAUCCAUCCAUCUUCUAUGCCCCUUAUCCUCACUAGGGUUGCGGGUAUGCUGGAGCCUAUCCCAGCUGACUUUGGGCGAGAGGUGGGUUACAACCUGGACUAGUCACCAGUCUAUCGCAGGGCACAUAUAAAAACAAUAAUUCACUCUCACAUUCAUAACUAUGCCAAUUAACCUAACAUGCAUGUUUUUGGAAUGUGGGAGGAAACCCACGCACGGGAAGAACAUGCAAACUCCACACAGAGAUGCCCAACGGAGACCCGAACCCCGACUGUGUGGCCCAUAGUACCAAAUCACAUAAUAUAAAAUGUGAUUAGUGAAAACUAUUCAGAACCACCUCUGUUGUAAAUCAUUGCAAACUAUAACCACAAUGAUAA